UAGAUGACCCAACUCCCAAUGGUAAAGUGCCUAGGAUAGUUACUGGAACCCCCCCCCCAGAAAGAACUGAAACACGGACCAAUCACACUCCUGCUGUGUAGAAUGUCCUCAUGGGCUGAGAUGGAAGCAGAGGAACGACCGAGGGAACAUUUACAAAGGAGAACAUGCAAACGCCACACAGAGAGAACCCAGUUGGGAUUUGAACCAGGACCUUCUUGCUGUGAUGUGAGCGUGCAGACCGCUACACCAUCUUGCACUACUUGUGAGGAAACCUGCAGCUCCUCCUCAGAUUCCUUUGAUUAGGAGCUGCAGAUGUUCCUCCCGGUUCCUCCGCCGGAUGGGGGCUGGUUUUCGGGUGGAGGGGAACCUCCCCGUUCCUCAGCUGAGUGGAAACAGACGAGGAAGGUUAGCAGAAGACAUGAGUCCGCUCCUGCUGCUCGUGCUCUGCAGCUCGGCCGUGGCGUCGGGGCGGAGGGACCGCUACACCAACCACUGGGCCGUCCAGAUCCUCGGGGGUCCGGAUCAGGCGGACGCGGUCGCAGCCAAGUAUGGAUACAGGAACCUGGGACAGAUCGGGGGUCUGCAGGACCUCUACCACUUCCACCACAGCAGGGUGGUCCGCAGAGCGACCCUCCCCCACAGGGGCCCCCACAGCCUCAUCCACCUGGACGCACAGGUGAGACUCCAAACAGGCGGGGCGGGGCCGGAUGGGGCUCCUCUCAGACCCGGUUCUUCAGAGUUGUGUGGACCAGCGGACACAAGCGUCUUCCUCCGUUUCCUGUCUGAACGGGUUCUUCCUCUUCCUCUGAAGGUGGCGUGGGCCCAGCAGCAGCUGGUCAAGCCAAGAGUGAAGAGGAUCGCCCAAACAGACCCCGCCUUCCUCGGCUUCAAUGACCCUAAAUGGUCCAGCAUGUGGUACAUUAACUGUCAGGACGACGGCGGCCGCUGCCGCUCCGACAUGAAUGUUCUGGCGGCCUGGCAGAGGGGCUACACCGGCAGAAACGUGGUGGUCUCCAUCCUGGACGACGGCAUCGAGCGGAACCACCCUGACCUGAGCCAGAACUACGAUCAUCUCGCAAGUUAUGACAUCAACGGGAACGACCACGACCCAACGCCACGUUACGACUCCCGCAACGAAAACGUACAUGGAACCAGGUGUGCGGGGGAGGUGGCAGCAGCGGCCAACAACUCGCAGUGCAUCGUGGGAAUCGCCUACAACGCUCACAUCGGAGGGAUUCGGAUGCUGGAUGGAGAUGUGACCGACAUCGUGGAGGCCAAAUCCCUGGGGAUCCGUCCGGACUACAUCCACAUCUACAGCGCCAGCUGGGGGCCGAAGGACGACGGCAGGACGGUGGACGGGCCGGGGCCCCUGACCAGGCAGGCCUUUGAACGAGGCAUCCAGAAGGGCCGCAGAGGCCUGGGCUCCAUCUUCGUGUGGGCCGCGGGGAACGGGGGCCGCCAGGCGGACCACUGCUCGUGUGACGGCUACACCAGCAGCAUCUACACCAUCUCCGUGUCCAGCACCACCGAGAACGGGAACAGGCCGUGGUACCUGGAGGUCUGCAGCUCCAUCAUGGUCACCACCUACAGCAGCGGAGAGUUUCACGAGAGGAAGAUCGUGAGUCCGCUUGGAUUUGGACCAACAACCGCACCCUGGUGCUCACGCCGAGGCGAUUCCCCGCAGGUAACCACGGAUCUGUGGCAGCGCUGCACCGACGCUCACACCGGCACCUCCAUCUCUGCUCCCAUCGUGGCCGGAGUCAUUGCUCUCGCCUUGGAGGCCAAUUUUCUGCUGAGCUGGAGGGACGUGCAGCACCUGCUGGUGAAGACGUCCAGACCCGCCCACCUGAAGGCCGAGGACUGGAAGACCAACGCUGCAGGACUCACAGUCAGUCACCUGUACGGCUUCGGCUUGGUGGACGCCGACGCCAUGGUGAUGGAGGCCAGGAGGUGGAGGCCCGUUCCUCCUCAGCACACCUGCAGUCAGGUGUCAGGGCGGCGCAGCAGGCACAUCCAUGCAGGACUGCGCCUGAACAGCAGCAUCACCACGUCUGGAUGUUCAGGAGACCCUCAGCAGCACGUCCAGCACCUGGAGCACGUGGUCGUCAAGGUGCUGCUGCUUCAUCCACGACGAGGAGACCUGGAGAUGGAGCUCAUCUCUCCGGCUGGAACGAGAUCCCAGCUGCUGGCCAGAAGGUUACUGGACAGCUCCAGCGAGGGCUUCAGGAACUGGGAGUUCAUGACCGUCCACUUCUGGGCUGAGACUCCAAACGGUACGUGGACCCUGGAGGUCAAAGACACUCCAUCCAAACUCCGCAACCUAGAAGUUUUGGGAAACCUGAAGGAAUGGACUUUGAUCCUUUAUGGUACCUCUCAGAGUCUGUACCAGGACCCUACUGCUCCUCCCCCUCGUUCAGGAGAGCUGGAGAUCCCGGAGGAGCCAGAGGAGGAAGAGGAAGAGGAGAAAGAGUACAACGGCUCGUGCCACAGAGAAUGUGGAGAUCGGGGCUGUGAUGGACCAGCAGCGGAGCACUGCCUGAGCUGCAGCCACUUCAGUCUGGCCAGCUUGAAACGAGGCAGAACCUGCGUUCUCCAGUGUCCACGGGGAACCUACAAGAACGAGACGUCCCGCCUCUGCCGGCGCUGCUUCAGAGGCUGUGAGACCUGCGACGGACAGUCGGCGAGGGACUGCCUGUCCUGCAGGAGAGGCCUGUACCUAAACCUUCUCACCUCCAGCUGCUUGGACACCUGCCCCCCCGGGACUUUCCCAGAUGAAAGUCAGCGGCGCUGCGUGGAGUGUCACGCCAGCUGCAUGGAAUGUGUCCAACAUCCAGACGUGUGCACGGCCUGUCACCAUGGUUACAGUCUGGCAGGGAUGGCGUGCGUCCCCGAGUGCGGCGGCGGGACCUUCUUCCACGUGGAGGAGCUGCGCUGCCGCUCCUGCCACUCCUCCUGCAGGACGUGCUCAGGGCCGGGGGCGGAGCAGUGUCUGCGCUGCGCGGAGGGCUACCUGCAGCAGGAGUGGGGGUGUGUCCAGGUGUGCUCGCCGGGGUUUUACGCGGGAGAGGCGGCGGGACUCCCUCAUCAGAUCUGUACCAGGUGUGAAGAAAACUGCCUGAGCUGCAGUGGACCCAGAAGCAGCUGCAGCAAAUGCAAGGCGGGCUUCAGUCUGAUCAGCAGAACCUGCCUGAAGAACGCGUCCUGCAGCAACGCAGAUGAAGUCUUCUGUGAGAUGGUGAAGACCAACCGCCUUUGCCACAGGAAGUUCUACCGGCAGUUCUGCUGCCGCACCUGCCUGAUGAACGCCUGAGCGAGCAGAACCUCCAGAACCGCAGCAGCAGACCACAGAAGGACAAACUCCCAUGUGAAGAUCCCACACAGACGCCGUCCUCCAGAGACCAGCAGACUGAGCUGCUUCCUGCAGAGCCUCUGCUGCUCAUUGGUGGCUGUGGAAAUGGAGGCGGGGCCUCUGUGGCGAUGGGUGGGGCUUAGACGCUGCAAAGGCAGACGUCUCCCUUUGGAUGAUGGAUGCUACUGCAUCCAGAACAUCUGUAGAGGCUUGGUUCUGCAGCUGCUGUUCCUGUUAGAAGAUCCCUGCAGGAACCAAGAUUUCAAAAUAAAGUUCCUGUUUAACCCUUGUGCUAUCUUA